AUGUGUGAGAAUGAUAUCUAUACUAACCUUCAGUUGACUGGUUUGGUGUCCCGUUUGGCGACAUACCCGCAGCCACUCCUCCGCUCUUAUCUCCUCAACUCUUCGCUCGUCUUCCAAAAAGAUGUCAAACCCUUGACAACACUUCUCAACGAAUUACGCAAAAAAUUGGAUCUAUUGUCGGAUCAAAUCGAUAAUUUCGAUGAAUUGCUUCGAAAUGCCCGACAAUUUCUGUUCGCACGAGAGAACAGAAUCUUAAAUAAAAAGCAAAGUAUUUGCUCUCAAAUGGACAAUAGAUUCCCUUAUAAUCCGAGACCCAAUCGAAGUAAUAGUAUCACCAGUUUGUCGUCCAUUAGAUCAGAAACUGGAACCGAAGCUUUAAAGAAAGGAUUCAAUGGCCUUAAAAGCCUGUUCCGCGCGGCUACUACUCCAAGAAGUAUGCGUAGAAGCAGUUCCAUGUCUGUGUCCCAGACUCCUACUCCCCCGCCUAUUCUCGAGUCAGUGUCUGGCGGCCAGGGAUACAGAUAUUUCAAACCAUUGGAUUCACCGGAACAGGGAUUGGAUGCCAACGAUGCGGAAGAGAACGAAAGGAUACAGAAGAUAGUGUUGGCGUUCAUUGUGUUCGAAGAGUUUGUCCGC